GACACACGUUGUCUUGGAUUCUUUGAUCGAGCUGAGCCGCGGUGGACAAGCCCGCAAUUUUGGAGGCUUCUAAACGAAAGAUUUCUACGUCCACAUACUUUUCGCACCUGGUUCUCGCUCUGAGUUCUGGCUUUGUUUUACGAGGUAACUGCGUUUCGCCGGCACACUGCGCCAGACUUCCUGGGUCAUUGCACGUGACUUGCGCUAGUCGUGCCCUUUCUUCAGUGCCGCGCCAGACACCGUCUUUCUUUUUUUAGAGGCAACUGGCCCCCCACUUGUCUAAGAUGGACACAGAAUCGUUUCACCGUCCAGGCCGUCGCUCACGUUUGUUGGUGCUUGCCGCUGUCUGUGUAGCUGUUUCCCUGCCGUUCCUGCCGUUGAUCCUGAACCUCACCUCGAUAACGCACAUCAACCCGGUAUUUGCGGGCUUGUUUCUGAUCCUAUGUCCCGUCUUCAUCGUUCUCGUCAUCUUCUCCGUUUCGCGUUGCUCUGAAAACUACGAACCGGAGAGGACGCGACGGGUUUCGCGUAGACGAGACGACGACGAAGCCCGCCAACCUCUCGCCUCGGCUUUUAGUGACCGUCUUCACGAGUCCUGAAUGCGGAAGGACCAGCAUAUCUGAAACCGAGUUGGCAUUCACUCCCCCAAUCCGUGUCGUCUCUCCUAACAUCUGCUUCAUCCGCCAGCGCCCCUGUCGUCUUCUUCAAAGCCACCUGCCGACUCCGUCGCGUGAGUGCGGCACGAGAGGCUCUGUGGUUGCCUUUCUUGAUGAACGACGGCUGCAUUGUGCCGCCGGAGUCACCCGAAAACUUUUCUCAAGGUUUGGGAUUGCCCCUUCUGGGCUGAACAAAAGCUGCUGUUCAGCUGUCGACCCCUUUUUUGUUCGGUCGCAGUUCCCUCCGUGAGCACCAUGUCGAGUGACGCGGAUAUUCAAAUGGCCUUUCAGGAUUGUUCGGAGGGAUCGAAAAUACCGGCAGCAAAAGUCGGUGCCGCGGCACGCCUUGCAGGUGCCUCGCCUUCAAACGGAGAGGUGGCCGAGUUUGCCGGCAAGAUGUCUGGAGGGGUUGAUUUGGCAGCCUUCAAGACCUUCUGCAAUGCCACUCAACAUAAAGACGACGAUCCGAACGACCUGAAGGAACUCUUCAAAGCGGCGGAUAUCGGCGGCUCGGGAAAGAUUGGGAGAACUGCGAUGAAGAAUAUUCUGCAGGGUUUCGGCGAGCCCCUCACUGAUGCGGAGUUCGAGGCGAUUGCCAAGGACUUUUUGCGGGACAACGGCGAAAAUGUUGAUUAUGCAGCCAUGAUGGCGGCCAUUAUCCAAUCCUGAACACGUCCUGGCAAAGCACACCGUUUGUGAAAGCAAUCAGCGCCGAUCGUAGAGUUCUUUUCAAGUACCCCGCUUGUCCCAGUCUCCCGUUGCUGUUUUUCCUCCUGUUUUUUCGCGCAAACGGGCAAUUAGUCACGAUUCCGUUCACGCAGAUAAGCAACUGAACACCUUUUCCUUUCAUUGGUGUGGCCUUUCGCCAGCGUAGACGGAACAUUUCGCGAAACACGCACACGCAUUCAGAUCUCUCACCGUUCCACGUCUGGAAAUCGUUGAGAAGCAAGAUGCAGAAACAUAGAUGCGGUCACCUACAAAGGAACUGAAGGCAAAACUGUAUCCUGCGAGAAUGCACAUUACUCCCGUGACAUAUAUGUUUACCAUACGUUGUUGAAAGGCUAGUUCGACGGAAAUUCGUUUCUGCGGAGAGCACAAGCGCAAAACGCAAUCAUUUCCUGAAGCGGUCUGCAGC